AUAUGUUAAUACAUGUCAUGUUUAUCUCAGUUAUUAAGUGGUUGGAUUAUUAACCAAUCAUAGCAAGUUUGUUAAUAUUUGUUAUCAGAAAAUUUUCUAAUCACAUUUAAAGUAACAGUUGAUAGUGUGUUUCAAUGGAGUGGCAAUGGCUUAAAGACUGGUGGCGUUUGAAAAGAUGGAGAAAUAACAAAAAGAAGGAGCAGAGUGAUGAUGAGCUUUGUUAUUGUGAUGAUUGUUUACCUGAUGGCGAAUUGGAGCUGUGUGAGUCCAUAGACCCCCAUUGCGAUGGUGGGGGCAAGAAAGUGGUGGUCGGCGUAUGCGCCAUGGCCAAGAAGUCGCAGUCGAAGCCCAUGAAGGAGAUCCUUACUAGGCUUGAUGAGUUCGAGUAUAUAAAGAUGCUUGUCUUCCCUGAGGAGGUUAUCCUUAAGAAACCUGUGGAGGAGUGGCCAAUAUGUGACUGUCUGAUUUCAUUUCAUUCAAAAGGCUUCCCCUUAGAUAAAGCUAUUCAAUAUGAGAAACUAAGGAAGCCAUACAUUAUAAACAAUCUUCAUAUGCAGUAUGAUAUACAGGAUCGAAGAAAAGUGUAUGCUAUAUUGGAAAGUGAAGGAAUUGAAAUACCCAGGUAUGCUGUUUUAGAUAGGGAUUCACCAGAUCCAAAACAUCAUGAGUUGGUUGAAUCUGAGGACCAUGUAGAAGUAAAUGGUGUAGUGUUCAACAAGCCUUUUGUAGAGAAACCAGUAUCAGCAGAGGAUCAUAAUAUCUACAUAUAUUACCCUACUUCUGCAGGUGGUGGCAGUCAGCGAUUAUUUAGAAAGAUUGGAAGUCGAAGUAGUAUUUAUUCUCCGGAAUCUCGAGUAAGGAAAACUGGUUCCUUUAUCUAUGAAGAUUUUAUGCCUACAGAUGGUACUGAUGUGAAAGUAUACACAGUGGGGCCAGAUUACGCCCACGCGGAGGCACGCAAGAGUCCCGCGCUCGAUGGUAAAGUGGAACGUGACUCCGAGGGCAAGGAGAUUCGAUAUCCUGUUAUACUAUCCAACCAGGAGAAACUCAUAUCUAGAAAAGUGUGCCUAGCCUUUAAACAGACUGUCUGCGGAUUUGAUCUCUUGAGAGCAAAUGGCAAGUCAUUUGUUUGUGAUGUGAAUGGAUUUUCAUUUGUAAAAAAUUCAAACAAGUAUUAUGAUGAUUGCGCUAAGAUACUGGGUAACAUGAUCCUACGGGAGCUAGCACCAACAUUGCAUAUCCCGUGGUCAGUGCCUUUCCAGCUCGACGAUCCGCCUAUAGUGCCCACCACAUUUGGUAAAAUGAUGGAGCUGCGAUGUGUUGUAGCUGUCAUUAGACAUGGGGACCGUACCCCCAAACAGAAAAUGAAGGUUGAAGUCCGCCAUCCAAGGUUCUUUGAAAUAUUCGAAAAGUAUGAUGGUUACAAGCGGGGCCAUGUGAAGUUAAAGAAGCCAAAACAACUCCAAGAGAUAUUGGACAUCGCACGGGCUUUGCUCGCCGACAUACAUACGCGACACGCCGAUCCUGAAAUAGAAGAGAAACAGGGCAAACUCGAACAGCUGAAAAGUGUUUUAGAAAUGUACGGGCACUUCUCGGGCAUCAACCGCAAGGUGCAGAUGAAGUACCAGCCGCGAGGCCGGCCGCGUGGUUCCAGCUCUGACGACGGUACCGCUCCCGCACACGCCCCCGCACACGCACACGCUCACACACCCGCAACCGCAACCGCGUCCGCAACCUCGGAACACGUAGGAUGCGCAGGCGAGCCGUCGCUGGUGCUGAUCCUGAAGUGGGGCGGCGAGUUGACGCCGGCCGGCCGCAUACAGGCAGAAGAGCUGGGCCGUAUGUUCCGCUGUAUGUACCCGGGCGGGCAGGGACGGCACAUACCAGGCGAGGGCGGCACUCAGGGUCUCGGCUUACUACGAUUGCAUUCGACGUUCCGCCAUGAUCUGAAGAUCUAUGCGUCAGACGAGGGCCGUGUCCAAAUGACCGCAGCCGCCUUUGCGAAAGGACUCCUCGCUCUCGAGGGCGAGUUAACGCCAAUCUUAGUGCAAAUGGUCAAGUCCGCCAAUACAAAUGGAUUACUCGAUAAUGACUGUGACUCAUCAAAAGUGCAAAAUAUGGCGAAGGCGCGGCUGCACGAGGCGAUGCAGGUGGAGCGCGAGUUCACGGAGGAGGACCGCGCGCGCAUCAACCCGUGCCAGUCGGCCAGCAUCGCCGCCGCGCUGCAGCUCGUCGCCAACCCCGCGCGGUGCUGCGCGCACGUGCACGCGCUCAUACAGCAGCUCGUGCGCAUCGUGCUCGCCAAGAGGGACGACCCCAAGACCAAGGAUACGAUACUCUAUCAUGGCGAGACAUGGGAGCUAAUGGGCCGUAGAUGGGGCAAGAUAGAGAAAGACUUCUGCACGAAGAACAAAACGUACGACAUAUCGAAAAUCCCGGACAUAUACGACUGCAUCAAGUACGACCUGCAGCACAACCAGCACACACUGCAGUUUGAUCUCGCUGAGGAGUUGUAUAUGUACGCUAAAUACUUGGCCGACAUCGUAAUACCGCAAGAAUAUGGACUGACGAUGCAAGAAAAGCUGACAAUAGGUCAAGGUAUUUGCACUCCGUUACUAAAAAAGAUUAGAGCAGACUUGCAAAGGAACAUAGAAGAAUCUGGCGAAGAGACUGUUAACAGGCUUAAUCCGAGGUACAGUCACGGCGUGUCGAGCCCGGGCCGGCACGUGCGCACGCGCUUGUACUUUACCAGCGAGAGCCACGUGCACUCGCUGCUCACUGUACUGCGGUACGGCGGCCUGCUCGAUGUGUUAAAAGAUGAGCAGUGGCGACGUGCGAUGGAAUACGUGUCUAUGGUUUCCGAACUCAACUACAUGUCUCAGAUAGUAGUUAUGUUGUAUGAAGAUCCCACUAAGGAUCCUUGCUCCGAAGAAAGGUUCCAUGUGGAGUUGCACUUUAGCCCCGGCGUGAACUGUUGCGUGCAAAAGAAUUUACCGCCCGGACCGGGCUUUCGCCCGCACAGCCGGAACCACUCCACCGCCAACAACUCGCAAAGUUCAUCAGAUGAAGUGAAAUGUAUUGAAGAAGAAAGUGAGGACGAUCAGAUGGCCAGUCAGGAGACCCUGCAACCGGACGGAGAUGAAUUGGACAGUACAUUUUCGCCAAGAAAAUCGUCUAAAUCGAAAAUGAGAGCGUCGGACCCCAUUCCGAUUUGCAACCUGCACUACACGGUGAGCGGGCACGAGGCGUCCUCGCUGGCGGCGCGGCUGAACGAACUGCGGGCCGGGGACGACCAUCAGAUCGAAGAGAACGUGUCCAAAGAAUGUGUGGAGGCGCCGCCCCGCGCGCGUUCGUACGAACAACACGCACAGCAUAGCGGCGCGGGCGCGGGCGCGGACGCAGACGCGGAAGCGGGAGCGGGCGCGGCCGCGGCCCGUCGCCAGCGGCACAGCAUCGCCGGCCAGAUGAGCUACCUCAAGAUGCUGGGGCUGGGCGGCCGCGGCAAAUUAUCCGGCGCCGCGGGACUCUUCAGCACCGCGGUCAUCUCCGGAUCCAGUUCGGCGCCCAACCUGCGCGUUAUGAUACCCACCUCCGCCACUACCAACAUAGCGGCGCUGGAAGGGUUCGGCGGCGUGCCGGCCAUCCGUCCGCUGGAGACGCUGCACAACGCGCUGUCGCUGCGGCAGCUGGACGCGUUCCUGGAGCGCGUGACGGCGGCGCCGGUGGUGCUGGGCACGCCGCCCGCGCCCGCCGCCGCGCCCGCCUCCGCUGCCGCGCCUGCCGCACACCACAAGCCGCCCUCGCCUACCAACAGUGCAGGCUGGAGCGGUCCCUCAUCAUUGAUGUCCUCAUCAGGCGAGCUGCCCAGUGGUCUCUCAUCAGCGGGGCCAUCCUCACCUAACUCCAACUAUGCUUCCAAUUCAGAAAAUCUUAAAAACUCCAUGGACUGUAGCAAUUGGAGUAAAAUUGUGCCGAGCAAGCUCCCCCAGUGGGACGGCGAGGCGGCGACGUUGUGCGCCUUCGACUCGAGCCUCCACUCAUUCAUGCCGCACUCCAAUGUAGCAGGUUCAUCUAUUAGCGGUGACAUCACUCCAGUAUCGAUGACCUCCGAGCAGGAGUUUAAUAGCAACGAGGCGACCGCCGGCUCCAUUACUGACCACGACUUAUUGAGUGCUGAGGGCGAAGAUGACGAAGAAACACUUUCGGUUGAUCCUUGCGGUUCUCCAGUGAAAUUAAUAAAAAAUGAUCUUAGCCCACAAUCCUUUAGUGGCACCAUGCUCCAACCAGACUUUUGUCAAGCGUCUACUAGCAAUGCCACCAUAGAUUUCUAUGGACUUAAUAUACAGCAAACAAAAGAAACUUUCUUUAAGGAAAUGCCAUCGAGCAGUAAAAAUUUUAAUAUAGAAUCUGAUAUAACGAAUAAAUGCACAAAAGGCGAUGCAUCCCAAUAUAUAAACAACUUUGAAUCAUUAUCUUCUCAAAAUAAAACAAACACUAGUAAAAGUAAAAACAAGAAGAGUAGUAAUAAUAUGUUAAAUAAUGAAAGUAGAAGAUAUAGUGACAGCAGUGCACAAAAAAGUAAUAACAAUCCACAGACAAACGUUUCAGGAAGUAGAUUUACUACAACUUUAGUUACGGAAGAUCUGUUAAGACCAAGCACAUCUAGCGAUAGUAAGUCGAAUAUUAAUAAUUUGCCUAAUUCGUCUCCUGGAAAGCCAACUAUUACCAAGGUUAAGAAUAUUACAGUGAAAGCAGGAUUUACUAUUCCUGACUCGUAAUAUUUAAAUUUAGAACAAAUAUCUAAAUAAUUCCGAUUUUAAUGUGAUGACGUCAAAGAUAUUUUGUUAUAAAUUAUUGUAUGUAAAUUUGGACUGGUUGCCAAUGCGAAUAUUAUUUUUAUAUAAUUUCAUGUUGUUACAAAACGUUAGUUGUUAUGGCAUUUAAGUAUAUAUUUUACAAUUUUCCAAGAAAUUAUUUAAUAUUGUUAUGCAAUGUAUUUACAUAAAUUAACUUUUAUUAACACGUAUUAACAGCUUAUUGGGUGAUUUUCAAAAACAGAGAUUUCUGUCUAAUUUCAGGUGCGUUGUAGGUUUCGAGUCUUCAGAAAAGUUGAUAUCUCCAGAAAGUUAUAAAAGAUUCCUUCUAUAUGUCGGGGACAUCGGCUUUAAAGUUGAAAGCAUAGUUGAAAGUUCCACUGAAAUUUGGCAGGAGUCACACUCGCUGAAAAUUACCGAAUUACAUAGUCGGUAGUUGCUACAUAUUAAUUACCACUGUAUACUACUUAGACAAAUGUGUCAGUAGCAUUAUGCACAAUCUUAUUUUAAUUCUUGAUAUAUACAUAUAAUGGUAAUUUAAACCUUUUUACAUUUUUUUGUAAUUGUUUACAUUUUAUAAAGGUUUAUACUUAAUGGUUCGACUAUAUAGACCAUAAGAUAUAUAUAUAUAUAUACACGCAUACAAUUUAAAGAAGCUUGAUUGGUUGAUGUCGUUUGACAUUCUUAGUUAGGUAUUUUUAAUCUCUGUGAUGUACUACUUUUGUUAUAAGUGAGAAUUAGAGAUAGAUGUUGGCUUAUUAAUACACGACAAGGAAGGACUUAUUUGUAACAAAUAAGCGAUACGUUAUUUCAAUGUGCGUUGAUAAUGUUGUCUGAAAGUCAAAAGUAUAUAAUGAUUGAUUAUGUAUGAUUGAUAUGUCGAUACAAUUUUCAAAAUGAUGUAGCACAUGGAUCAUGCACUUUGUACCUUUGUCAGAAGUUGUCUUUAGUGGCACAGUUCAUAUUUACUGUUGGGAAACAAAUGUUUUUAAUGUAAAUGUAUAUAUAUAUAUAUAUAUAUAUAUAUAUAUAUAUAUAUAUAUAUAUAUAUAUAUAUAUAUAUAUAUAUAUAAUAUGUACAAUUUAUUAGUUUUAUCCUAACCCAUCUCAUAAUUAUGUAUCAAAAUUACAGAGUAUAUUUUAUAUUUUCUAUACUAAUAUUAUAUGUUACGCCUAAGUUACGAUGUCU